GUUCUGGCUCAUUUAUAUUUCUCGUUUCACUUUUUCCCCACUAACCUGAGGAAUUUCACCAGUUGUGAAAGUUUAUCAUCCAGUUCUCAGCUCAGCAGAGGUGGAAAUACAUUUUUGCUUUAAAAUGAAAUGAAUAUAAUAUAAUAUAAACCCUGACAGUGUGAUCUGGACCCCUAUGUAAAGCUUAUUACAUGUUGCUUUGCAAAUAAAUAAAUACAAAUUCAAAGUUUAAUAUAUGUUUUUUGAGUUUCAAUUGUUUUAUUUGCUUAAUCGUAGAUAAGUUUAAAGAUUAGAAUAAAUCGGGGGCCUGGGUAGCUUAGCGAGUAUUGACGCUGACUACCACCCCUGGAGUUGCGAGUUCGAAUCCAGGGCGUGCCGAGUGACUCCAGCCAGGUCUCCUAAGUAACUAAAUUGGCCCGGUUGUUAGGGAGGAUAGAGUCACAUGGGGUAACCUCCUCGUGGUCGUGAUUAGUGGUUCUCGCUCUCAGUAGGGUGCGUGGUAAGUUGUGCGUGGAUCUCAGAGAGUAGUAUGAGCCUCCACAUGCUGGGAGUCUCCGCGGUGUCAUUCACAACGAGCCACGUGAUAAGAUGCACGGAUUGAGUGUCUCAGAAGCGGAGGCAACUGAGACUUGUCCUCCGCCACCCGGAUUGAGGGGAUGUUUGGCUACCUGGCUUCCUGUCUCUUAUUUGUGGGGGAACAUGAGUAUUCUUGCAGUGGGAGUUUGGGCCAUAGCACAGAGAGACUCCAUAGAUGCUAUUUUAAUGUUCUUGAUUGGGUUGGCUGUCACCAUCAUGACUGACAUUGUCCAUUUUGGGUUGUACUACACUGCAUCUGAAGGCUUGUUCGAAAGAACCAUGCGAGACACGUUCCGCUUUAGUGUGGGCAUGGCCAUCCUGAGCCUGAUCCUCAAACCUGUUUCCUGCUUCUUUGUCUACCAGAUGUACCAUGAACGGGGUGGUGACUACAACAUCAACUUUGGUUUCCCAACAAUAUCUCAAAACAGAGGUGCCUACCAGUCCAUUGACCAGCAAGAUCAGUCUGGCAGCUCUGCCAACCUAUUUGUCCAAGCAGAAAACAGCAAGCCUGGACCACGUUCCUGUUGAAAAUGACCAAACCUAAAAUAUUACCAAAUACUGACCAGCUUUAUGUACUGCCAAAGCCAUAUGUGUUAGUUAUUUUAGAUGUAUUUUUAUUUUUCAGGGGAAUUAUUAUUAUUUUUUUUUUAUGUUAUUAAAGUCUUCUGUAGUUCCUGGAGGUAUUUUUCAACAGCAUGAAAUAAUAGUUCAAGUUUUUGAGCAAAAAGGUUAAAUCAAAUUCACAUCUGCUUCUCCAGGAGUUCUCAUGUUUAGAUGCUUAGAUCAGAUAAUUGAGAGGUCUAUAGAGCACUUCUAUUUUUGCUCCUUGAAGGUUAUUCUCUCACUUAGCACUUUAUUAGAAACAUCUGUACACCUACUUAUUCAUGCGAUUACAUAAUCAGCCAAUCAUGUGGCAACAAUGCAAUGCAUAAAAUCAUGCAAAUAUGGGUUAGGAGCUUCAGUUAAUGUUCACAUCAACCAUCAGUAUGGGGAAAAAAAUGUGAUCUCAGUGAUUUUGACCGUGGCAUGAUUGUUGGUGCCAGACGGGCUGGUUAGAGUAUUUCUGUAACUGCUGAUCUGCUGGGAUUUUCAUGCCCAACAGUCUCUAGAGUUUAUUCAGAAUGGUGCCAAAAACAUAAAACAUCCAGUGAGCGGCAGUUCUGCAGAGGAAAACACCUUGUUGAUGAGAAAAGUCAACAGAGAAUGGCCAAACUGGUUCGAGCUAACAGAAAGGCUGCAGUAACACAGAUAACCACUCUGUACAAUUGUAGUGAGCAGAAGAGCAUCAGAAUCUUGAGUUGGAAGGGCUAUAACAGCAGAAGACCAUGUCUGACACUUUAUUAGGACCAUAGUGUUACUAAUAAAGUGCUCAGUGAGUGUAUAUCUGCACGAUUUGCAUAUUAGCUGUUUCCAAAGGAUGACCCCUCACUUGAUUGUUGUAUUCAUGAUGUGCAGUUUUUUUUUUUUAUAGAAAGAUCUCUUGAAGCUGUAAUUUUUUAGCCUCCUGCUAAGUGUUCAUCUUUCUCUGUUGGUGAGUUGUGUCUUGCCAACACUGUUUUUCCUUUUCCAAGGCAGUUUGUUUGUAUUUGACACUAUAAAGCCAAAAGUAUUUGGAAACCUAACAAAAAAGUGCUUGUUGAACAUUUAACUUCAAACCCGUAUGCAUUAGGGAAUUGGUUCUCCCUUACAGCUUCUAUUCUUCUGAGAAGCCUUCUCAUUAGAUGUUGGAUCAUGGCUGCUGUUAUUUGCUCCCAUUCAGACAGAAGAACACAAGGGCCUGGCUCACUUUCAGCAGUACAAUUCAUCCCAAAGGUGUUCAUUGGGGUUCAGGUCUAGUCUUUUUGCAUUCCAGUCAAGUUCUUCCACACCAGACUCAGUAAACCAUUUCUUUAUAGACCCCUUCAGUAGGAAUGUAGUCCAGGGGCAUUACCAUGCUAAAACAGAAAGGGGCUCUCACCAAACUGUUGCUACAAAGUUGGGAGCAACUCUGGAAUAUCAUUGUAUACCACAGCAUAAAGAUUUGUCUUCACUGGAAUUAAGGGGCCUAGCCAAACCAUUAAUUAGAAGGGAAUGUCCACAUAUUUUUUUGCCAUAUAGUGUAUGUUGUCAUAGUUUUCAACAUUUACCUUUCUACCUUAACUAUUUUUGCAGUUCACCAACAUCAUAUUUCAAGAUUUAAAAGUUCCUAUAUGGUCAAACCAUAUGCCAUACAAUCUGUUCUGUAUUCUGAAGUAUAAUUUAUUAGAUUGGUCAUGCACACUGGAUUAUUUACUUGCUAAACUUGGUAAUGAUGAACUUUGACGUCUGAGAAUUGAGAUGUCCUAUCAAAUGUUGCAACCUAUAAAUCAGAAGUGAGAAAAUGGGUUUUGGAAUUAGAUAAAUCCAUUUAGAGACAAAUAUGUAAAUGUAUGCUAAGCACUUUUUCAAAAUGCAAAACAAUUUUAGAUGGUGGAUUAAGAAGAAAAUGCCCAUAUCAGUAUACCAAUAUCAACAAUGUAACAGAUUUAAUUCAUUUUAUUUCAUCAAUACUGUAGUGCAUGUGCUAUGGCACUGUGGUUACUUUGCACAUUCACUGUUACAAACCCAAAACAGGUGCUUCCUUAAAUGGGUUCACCCAAAAGUGAAUGUGUUGUUUUGUCUGCUACAUAAGAUUAAAGAUAACAUACAGUAAGAUGUACUAGUCUGUUACUUCCAAUUACAAAUAUCACUGUUUUAGAUUUACUUUGUUAUAAUAACCAAAUACAGAUGCAUCGUGUUGACAUUAAUUAAUUGGAAAGCUGGAUGGUCAUAGUGCACAAAGUGCAAAUUCUUGGGUGCAAUUUAACUUCAUGUCAAUAUAUUUUUAGAAUAUCCUUGUUUUCAUUCAAGCUUUGGGUUCCUGACUGUAUCAGACAUGAAAUGCUGGACCAUUUAAUGUUUUUGAAACAUUCAGUUAUUUUUAUUCAUCCUGUUUGAAAUGGAUUGCUUAAGAGAUGGCUUGAUUUGUUAUGAAAUCACGUAGUGUUCUGUCUUCUUGUGCAAUGGUUCUGUUGUGAUUCAAUUGUGCCUUUUCCAAUUGUGUGAAAAAGCUUGAUGCAACACAGUGGUUUUACCAGAUUGACCAAAUAAACCAGAACUUUUAUGAUUUCAGACAAAGAA